AUGCGGUCGAUGAAAGGAACGACGACAGGGAGUGAUCUGUUCAUGGAGGUAAAUGAGUGCAUGGACAGGCUGGGACUGAAAUGGGACAGACUGACAGGCGUCACAACGGACGGAUGUCCAAAUCUCACUGGAAAAAAUGUCGGACUUUUGAAACGUAUGCAAGAUAAAGUGACUGAAAUCAACAUGAAUCAGAAACUGGUAUUUUUGCAUUGUAUUCUACACCAACAUGUGUUAUGCAAAUCAGUGCUAAAAAGUGACCAUGUCAUUGAUGUUGUUACUAAAAUAGUAAACUUCAUCAGGGCAAGAGCAUUGAACCACAGACAGUUUGUCACACUUUUGGAGGAGCAUGAGACCGAGCAUCGUGAUAUAGGCUACCACACAGCUGUCAGAUGGCUCAGUUUGGGAAAAGUGCUAAAAAGAGUCUGGGACCUGAAAGCAGAGAUUUGGGAGUAUUGUGAGAAGAAAGGCAAAAACUUCCCCGAGCUCUUAGAUAAGGAUUGGAUGGCAGAUUUUACAUUUUCUGUUGAUGUGACUGCACAGAUGAAUGAACUGAACACCAAACUGCAAGGCAAGGGCCUUUUUGUUCAUGAAAUGCACAGCCUGGUAAAGGCUUUCAUGGCAAAGCUACAGUUUCUUUCAAGACAACUAGAGAGCAACAAUAUAACUCACAUGCAAAACCUGAAAGAAGUCACACCACCAGCUGAUCACCUCCGCAGGUAUUCAUCCAUGUUGGGAGCAUUGCAUGGUGAAUUUUCAAGGCGAUUUGAAGAUCUCCGACAAAUCAAAGACAAAAUGUUCCUGAUUUCCUCUCCCUUUACCUGCAGUGUGCAUAAUGCACCCAGUGAUGCUCAACUGGAACUCAUCGACCUGCAGUCUAAAGCAGUACUGGCAGAGCACUUUAAGUCAAGAUCUCUGCUAGAUUUCUACUCUUCUCUCAAGGAGUAG